AUGAUUGAGGAAGUAAAAUCUUCGAGUGAAAAAGUGAUGGACAUGAAAUCACAAGCGAACGAUAAGGGGCCAUCUUUACAGGAGAAGAAACCCCUCAGCUUCUCCAUCAACAGAAUUCUCGGAGAUACAGACGGCAAAAAAUCACAAUCGAACGUACAACCUAGAGCUUGCAGUACACCUGAAAAUGAGUACCCAUCCCCAACGCCAACAGUGUUUCAUGCACCUUACAGACACCUGCACACUCGCGAGGAAUCAUUCAGCCCUGAAAUUACUCAUAAUGCAUAUCCUUAUUUCAAUUUUCCAAGGGCAAGCAAUGUAAUUCUUUCACAAGAAGACCGACUGAGCCCGUCUGAAGUAAACACGAACUCAUCAAUAAGACCAACUGCUCAUCUGCUGAAUCAAUCAAGUGAUAAAAGUUUAGACUCUUUAGGAGAAAGCUAUCAGCAGUCACCAAGUCCUUUCAAGGCGAAGAAAAAGAAGACAAGGACCGUGUUUUCGAGGAGUCAGGUUUACCAACUAGAAUCAGCAUUCGAUAUGAAACGCUAUCUCUCAAGUGCAGAAAGGUCAGGACUUGCUGCCAGUUUAAAUUUGUCCGAAACACAAAUAAAAAUUUGGUUUCAGAAUAGGAGAAAUAAAUGGAAGCGACAAAUCAACGGAGAAAUGGACGAAAUUCCACUACCACCAGCAUUUGCAGCAGGAUAUUUACAGCAGACGCCAUAUGCACAACCGCCAUCUUUUAGUUCAUUUAGUCACGUGGUCAAUGCUAGAGACGAAUUAUUGCGCGGAGGUUUUACUGCCCCGGCAUAUUACUCUCAUCCUUACGCACAAGAUUCGAGACUUCGACCUUCAUUUUUACCACCAAAAUAAAACAUCAUUGUGAACUUUUACUAAUUAUAUGUACUGAGAAAGCUGCAUAAUUUACUACAAAAUGUGUUCCUUGGCAUUCAUUUCAGUGUCUGACAUGUAGUAUGGCGUUGUUUUUUUUGGUGAUUAAUAUGUCUGUUAUUGUUGUUAUUGUUUGUUACCAUUUAAAAUCAUUGUUAUUUAUGUUUCAUAUGUGAUAUACAUUAAAAUU